AUGUCAACCCCAUCAGACUGGGAUCGCAUCCACCCAAUCUACGGCGUCCCCGUAGCAGCCGAACAAUCCACCUCCCAACCCUCGAUCAUUUGCCGCGUAAUUCGCGAGGGUCAGUAUACCGAAGGAGCCCAAGUCCCCGUCUCCACAUGGAUCAACACUGACUACUUUCUCUGGACCCUAUGCGCAGGUCUAGCCGCCUCCGAAACAGACGAACAAUGGACCCUCGAAUUCGAAACAAAGUACCAAGACUGCUGGAAGGAGAUCCAAGCCCGAGUUCGGGAAGUUGGCGGCUCAUACAGGUUUGGGCUGCGGAUCCCAGCCCCUCCUGUCUUCGAGGUUGAGAUCACGCCUGCAAAGGAGGUUUCUCCAUCUUUCAAGAUCUGUGCGGAGGGCCGUCCGACCCAUCUCGCGCCCCCGAUGACUGGUCUGCCUCGGGAUGGCGUUUGGGCUUUCUGGAAGUAUCUUGCUGAGCAGAAGGGGACUCUUCCUACCUAUAAGGUCUUCAUGUGGGCUCCGGCUUCUUCGUUCUCUCCGAAUGUGAACCCUGCUGCGCCAAUUGCUACUUCUGCGUCCGGCUCUGUUCCUCCUUACUCGCGUUGA